AUGGAGGAGGCUGAGGAAGAAGAGGAGGAUGAGCUCCCCAUGUACCAAGAGCACUACAAUGCUCUCUUCUCCAUGGACUUUGUGGAGACUAAGUACCCACAUGAUGACACCAUGAGAGAUCUUGGGAUCUUUGAGGAUGUGGAGUUGGUGCUCAAGAACAUGCAAUUGGGGAAGUUCUUCUCUCACCGCAUGGAGUCUUACAAGGAGUUGACUUGUGAGUUUUUGGCAUCGAUGAAGCAUCACGAGUUUGAUGAGCUCGAUCGAGCUGAGUUGGACCAAGGCUGGGGGCUGCCUAGAUCAGAAGUCCAUGUGCUUAGAUAUGUCCACAAGGCUCUUGCAAACACCUUCUUUGCAAGGAAAGCCACUGGAACAAUCAAUGAGGGAGAAGUGAAGCUCCUUACCAUGGGAAUCAAGCCCAUCAUCUCACGCACAAGAGAUGGGAAGAAGAUCAGAGGAGACAGGGCACACGCAGGGAAUCUCAUGCCUCUCCUUGAGCAGCUCCAAGCCUACAAGGUCACAACUUACAACACUAGGCACCAAAGAGGAAGAAAGCUUAGUGUUGGAGGGGUGAUCACACCAAUCCUUUGUGCAGCAGGAGUUCAAUUGGACAAGAGAAGGUGUACUCCACCAGGUUGGAUGGACAUCAAGUUUUGCAAGACCAACCUCCUCAUUGAGCACAAGGAGUUGGAUGGGAGAUUCCAAUUCAAGUUCACCCACCCCACGGCUGGACUCUCCAAGCUUCUCCUGCCCAACCCUGAGCUCACCACGGUCCUAGGAGGUAGAACAUUGACUUCAGACCCCCUGUGUACACUUUGGUUGGGCAUGAAGCGGAUUUCGUGCUCGAUCGAGCUGAGGAUCGAGCUGAGAUUCAGCUGA